UCGCUGGUAAUACGUAGUUGUGCGCAUGCGUGCAGGAGUUGCGAGGUAGCUGCAAUCCAGCUACGUAAUUUAAAAGCAGUUGUACCGUGUUUUCGUUAAUAUUUAAACACAAAACAAGAAACAAGGAGCACCGUCAGCGAGCAGCUUUCAUUGCCAUAAAUUCCACCAUGGCGUUAAAUGUCUAUUCCCGCCUGACGAUGAGUAUUGUCCGCGUUUUAGCGAGCAGAAGUGUCAUUCCUGUUACAAGACAACUGAGAACUGCUUCGGGCUGGAAACAUUUGCGGUGCUUACAGCACAUCCGUGCCGUUCCUUAUGAUGGUGCUUCAUUACGAAAUUUCACUUCUUCAAGCCAGCCUUCAAUAGACGUGUCCUACGAUCAGCUGAAGAAACUGCUGCUGUCCGACUCCGGCGUGGUUAUAGACGUCCGUGAGCCUUGGGAACUCCGGGAAUACGGGAACAUGCCGGGGUCAAUUAACGUGCCAUUGGGACAGGUGAACGGAGCUCUCCAGCUCUCGCCUGAUGAAUUCAAGGAGAAGUAUGGAGGAGUCAUGCCAUCACAGUCCCAAAAUAUAGUGUUCACCUGUCUAGCUGGUGUAAGAAGCAAAAAAGCCUUGGAAACGGCAGUGUCUUUGGGAUACACCAAGGUUCAGCAUUAUCCAGGAGGAUGGCAAGAAUGGGCAGAACGUCAGUUAAUAAAAACCAAAGAAUGAUCGUCUCGACUGUGGUCAUGUUAACACUGUUAUAGAGGUUUGAUUGACUUGCAGUCUGAAUUAUAACAUUGACAUUGAGUCACUGAGGCAAAAUGUGCCACUAAGACUCAUUUAUUGGUGUUGACUGGAAAUAAAGGAAUGGUGUGAUUACAUUUUAAGGCUGAAAGAUGCACAGUUAUAUGAGUAGUGCACAAUCUGCACUGAUAUUUUAUUUGAUGUAGUCAGUCUGAAUGGGAAGUGCAGUGGCCUACAGCGUGUGUGUUACAGCUUCUGUUCAAAGGGCUCCUGGCUAUUUGCCUAAUAGUUAAACCUAAAUAUUCUGUGCAGGCAAUUCAAAUAUCAGGAAAAAAAAAAAAAUAUAUAUAUAUAUAUAUAUAUAUAUAUAUAUGCAUUUUAUUCAGUGAUUUAUGAAAUCAACAUAGCACUGUUUAAAAAUAACUGGAGUUAUGUUUUUGUAUUCUUGAAAAUAAACCCUUGAUGCCA